AUGGAAGAUUUUGUAACAUCAGAUCAUAAAGAUCAAUUGAAACACGAAUAUGGGAUACUUCAUCUAAUAUACCACAGAAAUCACAAUCAGCAUAGAGUUCUGAUUUGGUGGAAAUACCUAAAUAUAAUUCAUAGAAAUAUCAGAAAAAUUCUUAAAUUACUAAUAGAUUUAGAGUUGAUAAAAAAUUCACAGAAGAUACGACAAAAGAAGCAACAGAUACUAGACAUUAUAAAAUAUUUGAUAAAGAGGAAAGUAUUUACUAAGGCUUAUUAUGAAUUUAAUGGAGUUAUUGCUUUGGGUCAGUUUAUAACUCUUGGUUUAGCAUUGCUAGGAAAUUUGAGCAAGAUAUAUUGCAUUUUGCGGUCUUUUAAAGGAGUAGAUAUGAUUUGCAAGCCAAAUAUAAUAGAUGAAGCUCCAGUUAUAUAUUCGGAGCAGAGCGGAAAUGAUGACUUGGGGGAGAUUAUCGACUUGGACAAUGGAUCAGAAAAUUUGCAAUUUAAGAGAAAAUUUGCAGAAGAUGAAUCCAAAGGUACAAAGGAGACCGGAAUAAAUGAAAUAGACGAUAUAUUUUCAACCAAAAAAAUGAAAACUAAAUCAAAGAAAAAAAUAGGCCAUGCUGAUCCUAUGGAUGAUAUUUUCAAGGACCUGAAGUAUUCAGAAGAUAAGAAAAAGAAGAAAAAGAAGAAACAUAACGAAAUAGAUGACAUAUUUAGCUUUUAG